CAGCGGUGUGAGCUGGAACUGCGGGUCGGUUGUCGCCGCGGUGCCUACCCGGCUUGGGAUGCGGUACAAACGCUGCGCGAAGUGUGCACGGACGCACAGCCAGAAGGCGAGAGGGACCUGGGAGCGGCCACGGCAGGAGCCGGCUCGAGUCUGUCGGCAGGGAGGAGAAUAUUGGUCCACGUCCCCGCAACAGUCCCAAACACCAGACCCAGUCUGUGGAGCUCUGGCUUGGGCAAGCUUCGUCAUCUGGCAUGCAUCCGAAGAGCCUUUAGGAUUGCUUUACCACUAGGAGGCCAAGAGCUCAGGCAGGGCUUCUGGGCGCUGCAUCUUCCCAAGCCUGAGUUGGAUCCAGGACCAGCUGCUGUCCACCUGUUCACUCCCACGCUAUCCUCACAUCUCCAUCAUGACACCCCUGCUCACAGUGUUCCUGGUGGCUCUGAUGGGCCUGCCCGUGGCCCAGGCUCUGGAGUGCCACGUGUGUGCCUACAAUGGAGACAACUGCUUCAAACCCAUGCGCUGCCCAGACAUGGCCACCUACUGUAUGACCACCCGUACUUACUUCACGCCAUACCGGAUGAAGGUGAGGAAGUCGUGUGUACCCAGCUGCUUUGAGACCGUGUAUGAUGGCUACUCCAAGCAUGCAUCUGCCACCUCCUGUUGCCAGUACUACCUCUGCAAUGGGGCUGGCUUUGCUACCCCAGUGACCUUGGCCCUGGUCCCGGCACUCCUGUCCACCUUCUGGAGCUUGCUGUAAAGUUCUGUCCCCCCGGGCAGAUCCACUCAGACACAAAGCUCUUCAAAGACUCAGUUGCACCCUCUCACCCAUUCACUCCACCCAACCCCCUUCCCUCUGAGACUCCUCAGCCACAAAGAGGUCCCAUGGCUGUCUACAAAAGGACUGAUGGCAUCCAGAUACCUCACUCCAAGGUCAUACCUUUUCCAUUUUCAGAAGGCUGAUAUGUGGAUCUAAACCUCUGUAAUGUGCCUGGCUGUGGGUGGGGCAGGCUGGUCCCCUCCUCUACCCAGGAUCAGGGGCAUCUGGGAGAGUGCUGUUGAUGGGGGUGGGGGGGUCAUCUUUCGGUCAAGGUACACUGAUUUGAUGGAACUGGUGGCCAAACUCCACCUUCAUAGCAUCAGGACCCUGCCUCGGUCUACCCACCAGAGGAUAGCUCUGCUGGAGGGGAUCACGAACUGGCUAGAAGCAUAGACAGGCUCAGCAGGGCUGUCUCCUACUAAGUCGAGCUGCUGCCCAGGGCAAGUGUGAGAUGGAAGCCAUGUGAGGAAGCCUUUUGCCAUUUCCACCUAUCUCAGGAACUCUGCCAGACCUGGCGUCAGGACAGCCCUUGGCCAAGGGUAGCUAGCAAUGGCUUCAUUUCCAUAGUCCACUGAGAUCCCUCCAGCUGCAGAUCAGCGGGCCCCCUUGACCCCCACUAUAUCCCCUUGAGGCUGGCAGGGACAUGAGAGCAGGUGGCCCGUGCUAUAUUUUGUCUGGCCUGUACACUGGACAGAGCUAUUCUGGGCAUGGCGGGAAGGGGGUAGAGGCAGGUCACAGCAGGCUGGUGGGGUGACUAAGACAGGGAAGCAGACUUCAGCCAGUUCCCCAGGUCCUGCAGGCAGCUCCUGUGGUCCUUCAGUCUCUUGGUAAAUUAUGGGGAGGCAAAUGUACAGGGAGCCAGCCCAAGUCCCAGGUCAUUUGUGGCUGAAGACUGCUGGCAGUCAAGACUCCAGAGAACCCAGCCCAAUUGGUGUCUCCAGGAGACACCAAUCAACCUUUCAUACUGUUUAGUUGGCCCAGGGAGCCUUACCCUUCACUCUUACUAGUACCCCAACUCAUGUGCCACUGGGGAAACUUCUAAAGCUGGCCCAGCCCAGGGGUCAGGAUGCUGGCCAUGUCUGUGGUCACCACAUCUUGAGUGCUUUUUCUCAGGUCCCACCCCCACCCCGGGCUGUAGGAUCUCAGGACACAGAGGCCCGUCUUUUAGGACCUUCCCUCCUGUUCUCAGGCAGACCUGAGCUCUGUCUGCUGCUGGAACUCAUUGGUUUUCUGCCUCAGUUUCUUCCUCUGAGGACAUGCCGCCGGAGGAUUGGGGAGGUGGGGGAGGAUCCUGCUGAUGGACUUUCCCAGACCCUCAGGAAUAGGAACUGUAAUAAGGAACUGUGCAGCCUAUUACAAAGGUGAAUUGAGUGGGAAAUGGCCUGGGGAUGAAAAGACAUUUGAUUGUCUACAGGGAAGAGGAGCCUCAUGGGAAGCCAGGAAGUGGUAGGGAGGAACACAAGUGCAUACGUGCACAUAGUGGCUACCGAGCCCAAAACGCAGGAUGCUGAGAGGAAGCCAAUGCUGCCCCGACCUGAGCUUGCAUAGAACCCCCCCCCCCCCCCGCCACGAGCAAGCAGCCAGCAUUGAGACUGACCUAUGGAAGCCACAGGGCACUGGCAAAGAGAGUCAGAGGCAGGCCCCUGACUCAGUGGGUGAGGCCUGGGAAACAUUAUCCUGUUACCCUGCUUGUGCAAGUCCAUUGUUCCCAGUCAAGUGGCAUCCUGGGCCAAAAAUGGGAGGAGCCCGAGACCAGGUCCUCCCUCCCACCACAAGGCACAGGGGAGAGGGAGAGGUGGGAAUGCUGCAGCAUUGGGGCAGUGUCUCUCUCUCAUGACACCAACCAGACAAGGCCCCACACUGCCACCCAGCCCUCCAGGGAGCACUGUGCCUAGCUAACCUGCCCUUGGGGCUUAGCACAGAGCCCCAGAAGGUGCUCAAUUAGUACAGGACCAAGCCUGCCAGUGAGAGGUGCAGAUGAGGGGAACAGUGCCAGAUGGGCCUGUCCUGAAUCCCAUCUGGGGUGCUGUGAUGAACAUCUGUCCAGUCCGCUGCAGGUGGCCAUGCACACUCCACAGGAGUUCUGCAAAGUGUAUGGGGGUGGUCACUAUUGCGCCCUUUGACAGGUAAAGAAACUGAGGCACAGAGGAGUGAGGCACUUAGUUUUCCUGGGCCAUUUGGCCUCCUCAUCUUUCCAGGACCAACUCAUUCUACUAUGGAUGCUGUUCCAACAGCCGGGGGUUCUCUGAGGCUAUUCACACUCGGGAUGACAGCAGUUUCACAAACCAGAGAAUUUCAGAAUGUAGUGCUGUAAGGGCGUGUGAAUUGGAAACCUUAGAAGGAAAAACAAGAACUGAAGGUUUGAGGAGCUGAGGGGUAGGCCAGGGGAGGCCAGCCCUGUGUGUGGAGACAGAGAGUGAGGGAGCAUGGGAUGGAGAGGGAAAAAGAAGAGCAGAGUAACGUCAGCCAUCACGAGCUGACCCUGCCUUUGUCAGGGACUAGGGCUCAAGGCAGCGGGUGUUUUCACACGGGGAUACACAGUAGGCAUGGCGUCCAGAGCGGCUGGCAGUGGUUGUCGGUAGGUUGGUAGGUUGCAAUCUGGGAGGAUCUUGGAAGUCACCGGAGAGAGGCUGCUUGAUGGGACAACGAUACCAUGGAGUGUGAUUUGGUGAAACCAGGACAGCACGUGAAGCCAAAACACACUUCAGAGCGGAGUGAGGUGUCCGGUCUGGCCCGCUAGAGAGAAGCCGUCAGGUGGGAGUCGUGCUCUGCCACUGUCUCUGUGAUUGGCUCUCCCCAAAAGCAUAUAAGGAGAAGUGGGGGCUGGGGAGCAGGGCACCUGUGUCUUCGUCUUCUGUGGCAAGCAUUGGGGUUCCCAUUCUGAAACUCUAGAAAGAUUUCCAGGGGUAGGGUGGCCCCUCGCCUCGGUCUUGGCUACUUCCUGGCAAGCACCGUGGCAAUCCCGCAGCACUGCGUGCCCUAGGCUCCUCAAGCACAGGCUCAUGUUCCAGCCAUCUCAUUGGUGAAAUGACGAUGACAGUACCCGCUCGGCUGGCUCUUUGAAGCCAGUGCCAAGCCUUGGGUCGGCACAGAGGAGGCCCCCAAAAAUGCAUGGGAUACAUGACACCUGGCACUUCCCUUGAUCGUGUCUCUGCCAACCCUAAGCCCUCACCCAGCAAAAAACAUGAAAUCCACUUUUAUGCCACUGCUUCCUUUCCCCCAGCCAGUCCCCUGCACCUAUAUUCAGAGUGGUCCUGUCAAUGCCGAUGUCCACCACCACUGAAUGAAUAAACAAACGAAGGACAUG